AUGGCUGAGCCAACUGCGACGACGCCACUGCUCGGUGACUCCCGCCAGGAGAACGGCGAGAAUAACGAUGCGAACAAGAAGGGUAGCGGUCUAGGCCGGAGCCUGAAAGUGAGGGAGAUCGUUCUCUUCUUCUGGGCUCUGAUUGCCACUGCCGCUGCUGUCGUCUUCGCCGUCUGGACCCAACACAGGAGUCACGCCCCUCCCGCCACAAGCCCGGGCCUCCCGGCUAAGCGGAACCUCAUUUUCAUGGUUUCCGACGGCAUGGGUCCUGCUUCUCUGUCUCUGACUCGCAGCUUCCGCCAAUACAUCGACGGGCUGCCCGGCAACGACACCUUGGUUCUCGACCAGCAUUUCUGGGGCAGCAGCCGCACUAGGUCGACGAACUCUCUCGUUACCGACAGCGCUGCUGGAGCUACCGCCUUCUCCUGCGGCAAGAAGAGCUACAAUGGCGCCAUAUCUAUCCUCCCUCCGAACUACGAGCCCUGCGGCACCGUGCUCGAGGCUGCCAAGCGCGCCGGCUAUACUACCGGUCUUGUUGUCACCACCGAUAUCACCGAUGCUACCCCUGCGUGCUUCGCUAGCCAUGUCGUCAUUCGUGCUAUGAACGAUGAUAUUGCCACCCAAGAGGUCGGCGACGGUCCCCUUGGCCGAGUCGUCGAUCUCAUGCUCGGAGGUGGACGCUGCCACUUCUUGCCCAACUCGACCGAUGGUAGCUGCCGCCUUGAUGACGAUGAUCUCGUCACUCGCGCAAAGGAGAAGUACGGCUGGAACUACAUUAAUGACAGGCUCGGCUUUGACAGUCUCAAUGGCGGUGAGGACGUUACCCUUCCCCUUAUGGGUCUCUUUGCCAGCCGCGAUAUUCCCUUCGAGAUCGACCGCCGAAACAUGAACAGUGUCUAUCCUAGCCUCCACGAGAUGGCAGCGACCGCCAUCCGUGCCCUCGAGAAGGCCACUGAGAACAGCGACAAGGGUUUCUUCCUCAUGAUCGAGGGUAGCCGUAUCGACCAUGCCGCUCACAACAACGACCCCGCCGCCCACGUCCACGAGAUUCUUGAGUACGAUAGAACCUUCAAGUCUGUUGUUGAUUUCUUGGAGGAGAGCGAAACUGAGGGCGUCCUUGUUGCCACGAGUGACCAUGAGACUGGCGGACUUACCACCGCUCUGCAGGAACCUGGCCAGGGCCCAAUCUACAACUGGUACCCUGCCGUUCUUGCCAACAGCAACGCUUCGGCUGAAUACCUUGCCUUCUUGCUUCAGAAGCAGGCUUCUAAGAUUGACCCCGAGACCGAAAAGCAGACUCUCAAGAACUGGGUCAACACCCACCUAGUCAUCCAAGGCCUCGGCAUCACGGACGCCCGCUCGUCCGAGCUGGACAAGCUCCUAGCGAACGCCGAAGAUGCCACCUACGUCUUCUCGGAGAUGAUCAGCGUGCGUGCGCACGUCGGCUGGACCACUCACGGCCACUCCGCCGUCGACGUCAACAUCUACAGCUCAGGUGGCCCUCGGCCGGCGGCGCUCCGGGGCAACGUGGAGAACACCGACGUUGGAAAGUUCCUUCGCGAGUACCUCGAGGUCGAUGUUGAUACCAUCACCGGCGAGCUGAUCGAGAAGAUGCAGAAGUCGGUUGAGACCGAGAAGGUUAUUGAGUCGUCCGGACCCGCUGCCGAGUAUACUGGCGGCGAGGUCGACCAGGCUGCCUAUGAUCAUUGGGCCGCCCACCAAGUCUCUUUUGAGGAUGUGGAGUAA